AAAUUACGGGCGCGUGCCAGCCUCAUCGUGCGCCUCAUCUAUCACUUGAUACUUACACGACACACACAAUUAACACAUAGCAGAGACAUGGCUACCUCUCCUCGUGCAGCCGUUGCCGGCGUGGUAGCGGCGGCGGCGGUGGCGCUGUGCCUCCACGGCGCGGCGGCGCAGCUGUGCGAGGACUACUACGACGACACGUGCCCUGACGCCUACGACAUCGUGAAGCAGGUGCUCAUCGACGCCCACAGGUCGGACGUGCGCAUCUACGCCAGCCUCAUCCGCCUCCACUUCCACGACUGCUUCGUCCUGGGCUGCGACGGGUCGAUCCUGCUGGACAACAUGACUGGGAUGCAGACGGAGAAGGAGGCGGUGCCCAACAUGGGCUCGGCGCGCGGGUACGAUGUGGUGGACGCAGCCAAGGCAGCGCUGGAGGACGCCUGCCCCGGCGUCGUCUCGUGCGCCGACAUCCUCGCCCUCGCCGCAGAGAUCUCCGUCGAGCUGUCUGGAGGCCCAAAGUGGGGUGUUCUGCUGGGGAGGCUGGACGGCAAGACGUCCAGCAUCAGCGGCGCAAACAACCUGCCGGCGCCCUUCGAGACCCUCGACAUGCUUCGGAGAAAGUUCAGGGCCGUCGGCCUUAACAGCGACGUCGACCUCGUCGCCCUGUCAGGGGCCCACACGUUUGGCAGGGUGCAGUGCCUAAACAUCGCCGACUCCCCGGCCGACCGGCUCUACAACUUCAGCGGGACAAACAGGCCUGACCCAACCCUUGACCCGGCUUACCGAGCAUUCCUAAUCCGGAGGUGCCCGACGAAGAAUGGCAACAGCCCGGUUCUAAACGACCUCGAUCCAACAACACCAGACCUCUUCGACAAGAACUACUACACCAACCUUGAAGUGAACCGUGGGAUCCUCACUUCCGACCAGGAGCUCAAGUCCUCGCCCCAAGCGCGGGGCACCACGGCGCCGAUCGUCGACCAGUUUGCGAGGAGCCAGGACGCCUUCUUCAAGAGCUUUGCGCAGUCCAUGAUCAACAUGGGGAACAUUCAGCCCAUUACUGACCCCUCCAUGGGAGAAGUCCGUUGCGACUGCAAGAAGGUUAACGACAGUUAAAAAAUGAGUAAUCACGUGGAUGUGCUCCUCCGAUCCGUUAGUUUCAAUUGUACAGAUCCAGUACCUUGGCUCCUCUAAUGUGCAGAUCAUUACUUAUUGUUCUUCUGUUUAUAAUUGUUCAUAAAUGUGCAAUAAAGAGGAAACAAUUUCUCCUGUUAGCUUA